AUGGCUUCGAAGCACCAGGUUGAGAGUUGGACGGAGGAGGUAAUUUGUUCCAUCUGCCUGGAUUUCUAUACGGAUCCGGUGUCACUGGGGUGUGGACACACCUUCUGCCGCGCCUGUAUCGCACGGUGUUGGGAAAAGGAGGAGAACAAAUCCUGCCCGGAAUGCAGAGAGCAGUUUCAGGAAACAAUCCUCAGGGUGAAUCGGGUCGUAGUGAGACUGGCAGAGAAAGCUCGGAAAUUGCUGCUGUGUCCGUCAGGAAAGGAAAGUAGGCUUAACUGCAAGGAACAUGAGGAAGAACUGAAGCUGUUUUGUGAAACGGACAAGACUCUGAUUUGCCUGAUCUGUAGAGAUGCACGGGAGCACAAGUCUCAUAACUUUAUGCCGAUUAAAGAAGCUGUUGAAGUUUGCAAGGAUCAAAUGAAAUUUUCCCUCACCUCGCUCACUGAGAAGAAAAUGGCAAUUCUGAUUAUGGAGCAGCAGCAGAAACAGAGGAUUUCUGAGAUUCAGGAUCAGUCACGCAGUCUGGAGUCCCGCGUCUCAUCCGAGUUCACUAAAAUACACCAGAGUCUCACCGAAAAAGAGCAGCGUUUAAUCGGAGAUCUCAAAGAACAGGAGGAAAGGAUUGUGGAUCUAAUGGAGAGACGUCUUCGGGAGAUUCGAGAGAAAUUAACUUCCAUUGAGGAUGAAAUCUCAAUGUUACAGCAACAGAUAGAGCAGAAAGAUGCAGUGAUAUUUCUGAAGGAGGAAUCGUGCCGGAAGAGGAGGAGGGUUGAAGAUGAUCAGAUACUGACAGUUCGAGAUGGGGCUCUGACAAUGACAGAAUUCAAUGGGCCUUUACCAUUCUCAGUGUGGAGGGAAAUGCUUAAUAACAUUCAAUCUGUCUCUGUCACCCUGGAUGUGGAAACAGCGGGUCUAUGGCUCGAGGUGUCUGAGGACUGGAAGAGUGUGAGACGGAGUCAGAUUCUGAGGGAUCUCCCGGACUCCGGGAAGAGGUUCACAGCCCGGGCUUGUGUGCUGGGAUUGGAGGGAUUCACAUCGGGAAGACAUUACUGGGAGGUGGAGGUGGCGGGGAAUCGGGGCUGGAGUCUGGGAGUCGCCACUGAAUCUGUGGAGAGAGAGAAAUGGAUUGCAUUGAUACCAGAAAAUGGAUUCUGGACCAUCGGACGAUGGAGUGACAGCUUAUACGUAAACACCUCCCCUCAGUCCCCUCUCCCUGCUGGUCCCAUCCCCGGGAGAGUGGGAGUUUAUCUCAGUUACGACUUCAGGACAGUUUCAUUUUACAACGCAGAGAGCAAGACCCAUCUCUACACCUUCACUGGGAAUAAAUUCACAGAGAAACUUUAUCCUUUCUUCGGGAAUUGGGAUGAAAACCAGUGGCUGAGAAUGUGCUCCAGUUCAGCUCUGGGUCUGUAAACAAGUUGGGUCUGUGACCUGCGUCAGGAGCACAGCCAUGCUGACAAUGAAUUGGCGCUGAUCGGAUCCAUCUAAUCUCCAACCAGUGCAAAUAUACGUGUACGGAAAGCAAAUACAUUCAAUUGUAAUUGACUAUUUUUGAAUAAAAUAUAUUUUUCC